CUUAUGUAAGCUGUAACAAAGUGAAUCCAAUUCGACAAAUUAUUAAUUAGACACGGCAAAAAUAAUCUAUAAAAGCAGAAUUUUAAAUGAUGCGAUCACUUUAAUAAGUAAAGGGUCUGGACUGUAUCCAACUAAAUAAUAUAGAAAUCUUGCUUAUUAACUAUGAAAUUUCUAAUUGUUUUGGUGACCUAUUUGGCUUUCGCUAUGGCAGACGAUACUCAGCCUCUGAGCGCAGAUGAAUUUCCUGUGCUUACGGCAUAUGUUAAAGAGUGUCGCACAGAGCAUAAACCCACCCAGGAACAGUUUCUAAUACUGAUCAAUGGAGAAUUCGAAAAUGCCGAUACCCAAUUAAAAUGCUUUUUAAACUGCUUUCUUGAAAAGAAUGGUUUGCUCGUGGAUGGACAAAUUCAGCCCGAUGUGGUGCUGAAAAAAUUACUUCCCCUUUUGGGCACCGAGGCGGUUUUGGGCGCACAGCCCGAAUGCGAUUCGAUUAAGGGCUCUGACAAUUGUGAUACAGCUAUUAAGGUUUACGAAUGCUACUACAAGCAUGACAAAAUAGUCCACCAGCUAACUUUACAAUAUUUUAAAUCUAAAAACUUAUCAUAAAAAUAUUACAUUAAUUAAAUAAAGAAGAACAUUGCAGUAA